CUCUACGCGUCUGACGUAACCGAGACGCGUUCAACUGCCGAUUCCUCUCCCCUAAAACUGUACAAGUCCUAAAUUUAGACGGAGCACCAUAAUCGGUCAUGGCCGAUAAUUCCGAGGAAGAAGUGCGAGAGCAACUAAAAGCUGCACUAUGGUUCGCUGUGGGGAAGAUGGUUGACGAAGAGACCCUGAGGAGGAACAGAAAUGUCACUCCCCAGUUUAUCGGCGCUUUGACAGAGAUGGUCUGGGCUCAAAUAGAAAACGUUGCGUUGGAUCUAGAGAACUUUAGUCGUCAUGCAGGACGCACUACCAUCAAUACGGAAGAUGUCCUUCUACUUGCCAGGCGAAAUCAAGAUCUCCACGCCAUCAUCAAAGAUUUCGUAGACAAGCAGAAGGCUUCCAAGGCAAAGAGCAAAUCGAAAAGAUGAAGCUAUCUGUUAUACCUACAGAGGGUUAAGGCCUAGUAGUAAUUCUUAUUCGCAUAUUAGCCCAAGGCGUAAAGAGGUGUGCUUAAGCUACGAUCCCCUGAUAUUAGACCUAACCACAUGUUUACUUCCCAACAUGAGUGGGUGGAUGUCAGUAAGCAAUCGUGCAAUCAUCUACCCAGCCACUAGGGACGAGAAUUGCAGCAAGAGGCAGAGCACGGCGGGGACGCCUACAUAGGCAGAUUUCUACAUGAGCUAGACGUGUCUUAACCAAGAAUCAGCAGACGUUAACUGUAUGUAUAUUGCGGGCGCCUCUUGCUAUACUACAUGAGAAAUCCGUGAUUCCCAUGAGUACGACAUUGAGACUACGGUAGCAUGGGAUGUUCUUAACACGUACAAUAGAUGGAUGAAAAUUGAACACCGUUUAUACU